AAACUUGGCAACUGUUUAAAGAGGCGUUGAGGAAGCACAAUAGCUCCCUCGACGCUGAUGCACAGUCAGACUUUGCUUUUACACCUUCCUCAGUGUGGCGAAUCUGCCGUUGUCGUCACUCUGGCUGGACGCCUAGGUAAGCGUGUGGAAUCCGCUGUGGGAAAUACGAAGUGAAAGGUACUAGAGCCCCUACGGUCAUGGCGGCUACCGCCCCCAAGGCCGGGGGUUCAGCUCCUGAGGCGGCGGGUUCCGCCGAAGCUCCGUUGCAGUACAGCCUUCUUCUUCAGUACCUGGUGGGCGACAAGCGUCAGCCCCGGCUUCUGGAGCCUGGCAGCCUGGGCGGGAUCCCGAGUCCUGCCAAGAGCGAGGAGCAGAAGAUGAUCGAGAGGGCAAUGGAAAGUUGUGCCUUCAAGGCUGUGCUGGCCUGUGUAGGAGGGUUUGUCUUGGGAGGCGCGUUUGGCAUCUUUACUGCUGGCAUUGAUACCAACGUAGGCUUUGACCCAAAGGACCCUUACCGGACACCAACUGCAAAAGAAGUCCUGAAAGACAUGGGACAGAGAGGAAUGUCCUACGCCAAAAACUUUGCCAUUGUGGGCGCCAUGUUUUCAUGUACUGAGUGUCUGGUAGAGUCUGUAAGUGCCUCUUGCAUUUUAAGAAAGCCCUUUCUGUUGCCACUCAGGUUAGAGGUGUGGCUCAGCCGGGAGGUUAAAGCUGGAGUAAAGGCCGGGGCCAUAGGUUGUGGAGGGUUUGCUGCUUUCUCUGCUGCAAUCGAUUAUUACCUACGCUGA